AUGCUGGGAUUCUUGAAUACAGGUGACGGAGAACUUCCAGCCAACCUUGGGAUGUUUGAUCAGCGGGAAGCACUCACAUGGGUUCAAGAAAACGUAGCAGCUUUUGGAGGUGAUCCUGCACGGGUUACUAUAUUUGGUGAGAGCGCUGGAGGUACGAGUGUUAAUUUUCAUCUUGUAUCACCGCUUAGUGCUGGACUGUUUAAUGGUGCUAUACUACAGAGUGGGAAUGGCCUCCUUCAAUCGAGACUUGAUACAGAUCUCGUCGACAAGACAUUCAACUUUGGAAGAGGAGUCGGGUGUGACUUCAACAACAGCAAGGAUCUUGUGGACUGUUUGAGAGGAAGAUCAUGGGAAGAAUUGAAAGAUGGAUAUAUGAACUUGUCUCCAGAUACAGUUGAUCGAGCAGUCGGCUGCAUUGUAGAUGGACACUUCUUACCUGAUAAACAUAUCAACCUCAUGCUCAAAGGACAUCUUAACGUUGACAACGUCCUCCGUGGUUCUUUACCCAACGAAGGGGCUUGUUUCUUGGUCUUUGGUCGCCUUGCUUCCACUGAAGACAUCCCACCUCCUGUUUUAACUGUCGAGGAAUUCAAGGCUCAGCUUGUAAGGUUUUUCAAAGUUGAGGACCCACGUCUUCUGGAUACGCUCACCUUCAUGUACUCUGAUUCUGCACAUAUUACAGGGCAAACGGGCGACUACUUCCAGAAGUUGGCAGACAUUUUCACAGAUUUCUUCACUUGCUCCGUCAAUUCAUUCUCCAAUCUGAUGUCAAUCAUGGCAGGAAAGACGGUCUACCUCUUUUCCAUGACACAUAUACCCUCUCACUCGGCCCUGGGUCCUCUGAAAUGGGCAGGAGCAACUCAUGUAGAGGAUAUCCCGUAUGUCUUUGGCAGUCCUCUACUGCGUGAGAGGGAAGAUGGUCCUAAGGGCAUGUCUGGAUUCUUCGAUGGGGCUGAGGAGGCGGCCUUGUCCAGACAGAUUAUGCGAUACUGGUCUAACUUCGCAAAAACAGGGAAUCCCAAUUUAUCAUCUCAAGAUCCAAAGGUAGUCAAUAACCCGCUCGAUCUUGAGGAAUGGCAACCGUUUACAAAUGAACAACCCUACUACAAAGAAUUGGAUUAUGGAUUCCUUACGAGGGAAGGUGUGGUGAAAGCCAAGGAGUGUCACUUCUGGACCUCAGUCUUCCCCAAGAUGGUAGCCCAAUCAUUUGAGCUGUUGAAGCUGAGGGCGAUGUUAGCCGACCAAGUAGCUGCUCAUAGCACUGGAACAUGCGAUGGUGAUUCUUGUACAGAACCCUGAGAGUGAAGCACACUCUUUUGAGAACUAAAUUUGAAAAAGUAUGGAUAAAUGAAGUGCUUUUGGGGGGUUAAUUCUCAUUCUCUUCACAUUACAUUACAUGAAUUUACGAGUUGACAGUGUUGCUCCUUCGACUUCGAGCACCAGGGGAGGGGAACCGUCUCCACAUAAAGGUAAAAUCAACGUGUUUUUACCUGUUUU